AUGUCUACGCCUAACCACGCCACACUCCUCCAGUCAAUCAAGGAUGACACAUCUGACAAUAUUGGAGCGCAAAUUCCUACCAAACACACGCCCAAAAGUCUGAGACCCUACGUAUGGGCCAUGAUAGCCUUCAAGAAGGGGCAUGACUUCCAACGACGCUCCUCUAUACACCAUGCACGCAGAGUCAGUGAAACCGUUCAGUCCGAAGGGCAAUUUGCCGCUGCUUUGACCCCUCUCUACGCUGGUGUCUCGGCUGCCUUUAGUGAUCACAACACCGCGGUCAUAGCAAUUGCUAUCCAUGAUCCCGUCUAUCUACUUGACUUCUCUGUCAAAACCAUCGAACUAGGCGAUGGUUUGGAGAAGGGCCUUGAUGUUAUUGCUGACUAUGUAGUUGGAGAGUUGGAGAGAUACGAACAUGAGAAUCUUAGCAAAUUCAUUGGAGCGGGAGUACCAUACGACAUUAUGAAGCGUAGCCCAAAGCUUUCUUCCAAACUCUGGUUGAAGAUCGACAUUGUACCCAUUUCCAUCAUGCCUGAGCUGGACGGACUGGAGACUGAAAUGAAGGAUCGAAGCUAUUGGAGUGAGAAAUGUAUCGACGAGCAAGCAGAUUCUAUGGCGAGAAAAUGCAUCAUGCACUUUGGCCCAAGUCUUGCUCCUUUACAGCAAGUGGGCUAUAGAGGCCUCGUCGAGGUUGAUUCUGGAUUCCAAGCCCGCAUCCUUACUCUUGACGACUUCCAAACGACUUGCGGGCCCCGUACUUGGGAUGCAAUGAUGAAGUUCGUCACAUCUCUCAGGGCAAGGGGCACUAAAAUUGCCUUCUUCUCCAGUACCCCACAAGGUGGAGGCGUUGCUCUUAUGAGACAUGCUCUUGUCCGUCUGGCCAAGCUAUUGAAAGUUGACAUGACUUGGUAUGUACCAAAGCCGAAGCCUGGUGUCUUUCGCAUCACAAAGACAAUCCACAAUACCCUGCAAGGUGUUGCCCAGCCCAGUGAGAAAAUCACCACAGAAGACAAGGAAGUCUUGAAUAGCUGGAUCGAAGAUAAUGCAAACCGUUACUGGCUUAGCCCAGGCGGCCCUCUGCGACCUCCGGCUGAAGGUGGAGCAGAUGUUGUUAUGAUUGACGAUCCGCAAAUGCCUGGCCUCAUCCCGUUAAUCAAGAACUUGACUCCAGAUAGACCUGUUCUGUAUCGAAGCCAUAUCCAAAUCCGAAGUGAUCUGGUGGACACGCCUGGCACACCACAAGCAGAUAUUUGGGAUUUCUUGUUCUCAAAGAUUAAACAUGCGGAUAUGUUUAUCAGUCACCCAAUUCCUUCCUUCGUCCCAGCCAAUGUACCAAGAUCGAAAGUCUGCUAUUUGCCUGCGACGACCGACUGGCUCGACGGCCUCAAUAAAGAUCUGAAUAUAUGGGACCAAGGAUAUUAUGGACAUAUGUAUAACGAGCAAUGUCACAAUUUGAGAAUGACCCAGCUGAAAUGGCCCAACACACGAUUCGACCCCGCAAAAGGCAUCCCAGAUGUCAUCGAAUCUUACGCUGAAUUCCGCCGCCUAUUACUCGAAGAGAACCCCAUUGCAGAAGCACCUCAACUUGUAAUCUGCGGCAACGGCUCAGUCGACGACCCAGACGGGACCAUCAUCUACGACCAAACUAUGUCAACCCUGCACACCAAAUACCCGAACCUCCUCCCUUCAAUCUCCGUCAUGCGCCUCCCACCCAACGACCAGCUCCUUAACACCCUCCUCUCAGCCUCGCACAUCGUUCUCCAACUCUCCACGCGCGAAGGCUUCGAGGUCAAAGUCUCCGAGGCUGUGCACAAAGGCAAGCCGGUCAUCGCUACGAACUGUGGUGGCAUCCCACUGCAGGUGCAAGAUGGCAAGAAUGGGUUUCUGGUCGACGCGGGUGAUUGGAAGGGUGUUGCGGGACGGUUGAUGGAGCUGUGGAUGGAUGAGGAGUUGUAUGGGCGGAUGAGUGAUUAUGCAAAGGUGAGUGUUAGUGAUGAGGUUGGGACUGUGGGGAAUGCUUUGAGUUGGCUUUAUUUGGCGGAUAAGUGGGCUAGUGGGGAGGGCAUUGUGCCGAAGGAGAGGUGGGUUAAUGAUCUUGCUAGGGAGGAAGCUGGGUUACCUUAUGUGGCGGGGGAAAAUAGAUUGCCUAGGUUUUAG